AUGGCAAACACUCCCGUUCGCCUUCUCCCGCCUGUCGACGACUUCCACUGGUACCCACUAGAUCCACUAGAAGACGUCGAGGAGGAGUCAUGUUGGAAGGUACCGCUUGGCAAGGGCCGACCCCAGCAUGACAGUGGCCGUGUCGGCUUGCCUUUUGACUCCAAUGAAGCGGGCCAAGCCGAACCGCUUGACAACCUACUUGACCAGGAUCUUGGCGACACUCUGCUGCCCAGAUUCAAGGGUUCUUCAUAUGGGUCUUCCCGUACUAGGCCUAUCGCUGGCCCGCUGGAUCUAGUCGUUGCGGGCCGCUUGAAGCGGCUGUGCCCGACGUGCUCGACCACAGAGGUCAAGCACCAGUGUACUUGCACAUUUCGAAAGCGGUUUCUCGAUCGAUGGCUGUGUAUCGAAUGCUAUCUCAAGAACGAAGCUCGAUUUGAUCCUGCUCGAACGGUGAAGACGCUUAGGACAGAUGAGCAAGGAGAAUGUCCGUGUGGGAACCCGUUUGAUUCACAGAAUGAGGAUUCGUGGUUCGUGUGCAAGUGGUGCGAUGGCCGGGUGCUCGGGUCGUUCGAGAAAAUGGACCGCGAGGAAGAGGAAAAGUCGUUUGUGCCGGACGAAGAGGACGAAGAUAAAGAGGGUGCCUGGCCGGAAAUGCUUCCACAUGGAGACCGGUCUAAUCUGGAUGGCCGUCUGAUCGACCAAGCGAUCGAGGAUGCCGGCUCUAAGGCGCCUGGUCUGUAUCUACACAUGGUGUGUCAAGAGGUGCUAAGCCGGAAUCAUCUUCUACAAAUGGACGCAUACAAAAAGAAAAUGGAGGAGGGCAAGGACGAGGAAUUUAGUUUCAAGUACCGCCAUCAUAGGUCGAGAAGUUUAUGA